UCAGCUUUCUGAAAGGGGGAAUAAAAGAUGCACUGAAUAAAGAUUGGUUGGGGCUGUAUUCUAUUGCGAGUCAGAAAUAAUCAAUGACCCAGAACAUAUCUGUCACUCCGCCGGUGACAAAGCAGUGGCUGCCUCAUAUAUUCCUGCUGUAUUUUUCUCUGUGCGUCACUUCUCUGCCAGGAUUACAGCAUCACUCCUAGAUACAGGGCUGCAAAUUCUGGAAAUGGCUGUGAUACUGGAAAGCGUGUGUCCAGCCUCUCCCUGCUCACUGUCUGCAAAUCUUCUCUUCUAGUGAGAAAUAUCAUUUCUCCCAUGGGAUUAUUUGUCACCCGUUUCUAAAAAAUUGUCUUCUGUGCUGACGUUUUUCCUGAUUUUUAUAUAGAUUUUGCCAACAAAAAUGGUGUGCAAGGUGGAAGGGAACGUAACCCACAUGUCAGUGGUCUAGGAUGGCCAGUGAAGGUUCCAAUAUCCCUAGCCCUGUGGUGCGCCAGAUUGAUAAGCAAUUUCUGAUCUGCAGCAUAUGCCUCGACCGAUACAAGAAUCCCAAAGUUCUACCCUGUCUGCACACAUUUUGUGAGAGGUGUUUGCAGAACUACAUUCCAGCUCACAGUUUGACCUUAUCUUGUCCAGUUUGCCGUCAGACUUCAAUUCUACCUGAGAAGGGUGUCUCUGCUCUACAAAAUAAUUUCUUCAUUACAAACCUGAUGGAUGUGCUCCAGAGGAGUCCAGAUAAUGGAAUUGAAGAGUCCUCCAUUUUGGAGACCGUGAAUGCUGUUGCUGCUGGAAAACCACUGUCCUGUCCCAACCAUGAUGGAAAUGUGAUGGAAUUUUAUUGCCAGUCAUGUGAGACUGCAAUGUGCCAGGACUGUACAGGAGGGGAACAUGCAGAGCACCCCACAGUACCUCUAAAAGAUGUGGUUGAGCAACAUAAGGCAGCUCUGCAGGCUCAGCUGGAUGCUGUCAAGAAAAGGUUGCCUGAGAUAGAUUCUGCUCUUCAAGUUGUAUCUGAAAUUAUAAGUCAAUUGGCAAAUCAAAAAUCCAGCAUUGUAGAUGAAAUUCAUUCAACAUUUGAUGACCUGCAGAAAACGCUAAAUGUUCGAAAAAGUGUACUGCUCAUGGAACUGGAAGUUAACUAUGGUUUGAAACAUAAAGUUCUUCAAGCACAACUUGACACGUUAAUUGAAGGACAGGACAGCAUUAAGAGCUGCAGUACCUUCACGGCGCAGGCACUUAAUCAUGGAACAGAAACCGAAGUUUUGUUGGUUAAAAAACAGAUGAGCGACAAGCUGAAUGAGUUAGCCGACCAGGAUUUCCCACUGCAGCCCCAUGAAAACGAUCAGUUGGACUUCAUUGUGGAAACUGAUGGAUUGAAAAAGUCAAUUCACAACCUUGGUACCAUCCUAACAACAAAUGCUGUGGCCUCAGAAACAGUGGCCACUGGGGAAGGGUUAAGGCAGAGUGUAAUUGGACAGGCAAUGUCUGUCACUAUAACCACAAAAGACAAAGACGGAGAACUCUGCAAGACUGGUAGUGCUUACAUUUCAGCUGGACUGUUCACUCCGGAUGGCAGCGUUACUGAUGGUGAAAUACUUGACAAUAAAAAUGGCACUUAUGAGUUUAUGUACACAAUACCUAAAGAAGGGGACUUCACACUUUCUUUGAGACUUUAUGAUCAGCAUAUAAAGGGAAGUCCUUUUAAACUAAAGGUAGUCAAAUCUGCUGAUGUCUCUCCCACCACUGAAGGGGUGAAGAGGCGAGUAAAGUCACCCGGAAGUGGGCAUGUGAAACAAAAAGCUGUGAAGAGGCCGGCAAGUAUGUACAGCACUGGAAAAAGGAAAGAAAACCCAAUAGAAGAUGACUUAAUCUUUAGAGUUGGUACAAAGGGAAGAAAUAAAGGUGAAUUUACGAAUCUCCAAGGUGUAGCUGCAUCAACAAAUGGAAAAAUUUUGAUAGCGGAUAGUAACAACCAAUGUGUACAGAUAUUUUCUAAUGAUGGGCAAUUUAAGAGCCGAUUUGGUAUUCGAGGAAGAUCUCCAGGUCAGCUCCAGAGACCAACAGGAGUGGCUCUCCAUCCAAGUGGUGACAUUAUCAUUGCGGACUAUGACAACAAGUGGGUCAGCAUCUUCUUACCAGAUGGAAAAUUCAAGACAAAAAUUGGAUCUGGCAAGUUGAUGGGACCCAAGGGAGUCUCUGUCGAUCGCAAUGGACACAUUAUUGUAGUGGACAACAAAGCGUGUUGUGUUUUCAUCUUCCAGCCAAACGGAAAAAUAGUAACCAGGUUUGGUAGUCGUGGAAAUGGGGACAAACAGUUUGCAGGUACACUUGAUGGUCCUCACUUUGCCGCUGUGAAUACCAACAAUGAAAUAAUUGUGACAGACUUCCAUAAUCACUCCGUUAAGGUAUUUAAUCAAGAUGGAGAGUUCAUAUUGAAGUUUGGAUCAAAUGGAGAAGGAAACGGACAGUUUAAUGCUCCGACUGGAGUUGCUGUAGAUUCCAAUGGCAAUAUCAUUGUAGCAGAUUGGGGAAACAGCCGAAUACAGGUUUUUGAUGGAAGUGGAUCAUUUUUAUCAUACAUCAACACUUCUGCUGACCCGCUCUAUGGGCCUCAAGGACUGGCCCUGACGUCGGAUGGUCACGUUGUUGUAGCAGACUCUGGAAACCAUUGCUUCAAGGUUUAUCGAUAUUUACAGUAACUGAAAGGCUUCAGUUCUUUGGGUCUAACUGCACUAGAUAUGUACCAACUUCAAGAUGGGGUGGAAAUCUAACUGCACUUCAUCAGAAGUGUUUUUCCAAAUGACACUCAUUUAUUUAAUUUCUAUUCAAACAUGUUUACGUUUUGGCGAUGGCCAUUUCUGAGUAAAAUGUUUCGUCGCUAUGGAGAACUGCAUUAAUGUGUUAGAGGAAAUCUCAACACAUCAAUGCACUGGGACUCCUGUUCUGCACUUGGGUCUUUAGACCUUUUAGAAUACCUACUUGUGGGACAGUGGCUCUUUUCUAGAGCUUCUGCUCGUUAUUACUUAUUUCCCCAUGACUGAAAUCUGGACAACAUCCAAGCUUGUAUAUCCUGGUAGGUAUUGUGUUAAAAAUCUAAAAAAAUUAAAUAAAAAUUUUGGUAUCUUAGAACUCUAAUGUAUGAUAGUAAAACUUGGUGUAUUCACAGUCAAAUAUAACAAGCUGUUGUCAUGUUUAUAACAAUUACACAAGUCCACACAGCCGUAUAAGUCCACAUGCACUUCUAUUUAUUCUGCGGUACACUGAUAUAAACAGCAUAAAGGCGUUUGUGUGCUUUUACUUCACUCAUUUUGACAUGUAUUCUAGAUUUCUUUUCUUUUGUUACAAGACUGAAAAAAAAGUUUAAUUUUCAUAUGACGUAUCUAUGAUUUUUUUUUUUCUUAAAUGAUAGAUUUGCCAAUUUAAUUAAUUAACACAUAAUGAGGUGUAAACUAACUAGACCCAAUAUGAAAUGUUGCAUGCUUCCUUUUUUUGGAACAAUAUCCAUUUAAACCUUCUCAUGUUUCUAGGCUGAAAGUAGAAAGACAAGUGUUGCCUUGUAUGGGAUGUAUAGCCAUAUGAAUAUUUUUGGGACCGUGUUACAUUUUUGUAGCAUGAUUCUAGGCAUACCUAUCAAUAUUACAGGAGCUCUAAACUGAGCCUGUCCUGCCGGAUCCGGGAUUUUUGGAAGAUGGGUUUCUGAAUAUUGAACAGUUUAUGCCUGGGUCACAUUGGGUGGGUUUUUAGUGACCAGUUAGUUAUUACUCUCUUUCUUGGUAUUGCCCUGGAAUAGGUAAGCAAACUUUCAUUCAAUCAUUUUGCAGGACAAAAUUUCAAAAAUGAACACUAUAAAACUGAGAAAUUAUGAUUUUGUUCCAAAUAUGUCCCUCAUUUUAUAUUUGUAUAUCCUGUAUAUCCCUAACUAUGUUCUUAAAUGAUGGUAGCCAUAUUGGUUGAUUGAUAAAACUACUUUGAAUGCUACCCCAAUUAGUUAAUGCCAUCUAAUGUUUUGUUGAUCCUAUACAAACUGUAAACUACAGAACUAUCUUUGCUGAAAAACAUAGCCCAAACCUUUUUCUUUUCUCACAAAAUGUUCACUGAAUCUAAAGAUGUUCAAGUUUUGUAUGUGCAAGGCCAUCUUAAAGGGACACUCUGGCCACCAUUGAAACAAAAUGAAAUUCUUAUGAUGAAAGAAGGCUCCCAGCAGCCGACUUACCUCAAGGAGUUAAACUGUUUAAUAUCAAAGUCUUGAAUCCAGUGCCUGUUGGUACUUCCCACAAACAUCCACUACUGUCUUGGGCUUUAAUCAGGAAGCCUCGCGAUGGGAGUUGCUGAUAGGCUGAGUGUGACAGCUAAUGCUCACAACCUAUCCGUAGCUCCCCAUUCACAAACUGGAGUGAGAAACGAAUGCAUUUUUCUCUGUGUUUUAUGAAUGGUAAGCUACUAAUAGGCUGAAAGCUCUACCCCUCUCAGUAGAGAUGUUUGUGGAAAGAGCUAAGGACUCUGGAUUCAAGACAUGAAGUCCCUUUAUGAAAGCCAGCGUUAGAGGUCCUCCUUAACAACGUAAUUCUGAUGGUUAUGUUGCCCAGAGUGUUCCUUUAAGGCAUACUUUUCACAGAACAAAAUUUAGAGCACCACUUACAUAUACUAUAUACCCCACUUAGUGGGUUAGAGAUUUCCAGUUGCAAUUCCACCAUCCAGAACAGGACAUUUAAUCUGGAUCCAUGGUUGUGUACUGAGGAACUGUAAGGAUUCAAGAAGGAAAUAUGGCACAGAUAUGUAGAAUUGGAUUGGCAUUAAGGAUUAUGUUAUUUAGACUGUGGUAGCUAUGAGCAAUUGUCAGUCCAGCUCAGACCAACUGCUCUGUGAAAUAAAACCAUUGUAUUCCUGAUACAAGGCAGAAAGGGUCCUCUACAGCUAGCUGAUGAAGACAUCCAGCUUCUACAGAAAUUUCAGAAGUCGGUAUUUACUUAUGCCGUAAUUUCAUUAAUUGCUCUCAGCCAAUGAAUGCAAAACUAUUCCUAGGAAUAAACACAGAAUUGACAUUAGCCAGCCAGGGCUUGAUAAUGAAACCCGAACUAUGCUGCUAGAGGUGGAACUACACCUCUGGCAGCAGAGGGAUUAAACUCCAUAUGUGCAGUGUUUCAAAGUGAAAUGCUGCAUAGACAGACUCCAGGCACCAUAACCACUUCAAAUCACUGAAGUGGUCAUGGGACUUGGAGUAACCCUUUAAAACAACAGAAUCAAAACUGUUCUGAGAAAAUCCAUAGAUGUAAGAUGAAUAAGCAAAUAGAUACCUAAUGAUUCAAAUAAGCAAUGUUUUAACCUGUCCACUUUAAAUUGUCGCUAAUCCUUAAGUAAUACACUCAAAGGGAAUUUGAUGAUGUCACAUCCAGUGGUAUCUGCUGCAUAUAUUUAAAGAAAAAUUAGCAGGAAUAAAGCAAACAGUGGCUGGUGUAAAAAUAAUGCAGUGUUUAGAAUUUUUUUUUUUUUUUUUUAAGUAAGAAAAAAAUUGAA